UUGGUUGUUGGAAGUCAUCGCAUUUUAGCCAAUAGAAACACAGCAGCUUUGCCUAUAUGGAGGGCGACCAGAGACCGUUGUCUUCUAUUUCAGCUUAGUUCUGCAAAGCGAAAGGAAGUGAAAAUGAGUGGAAGAGGGAAAACCGGAGGUAAAGCUAGAGCGAAGGCCAAGACUCGCUCCUCCCGCGCCGGGCUGCAGUUCCCUGUGGGCCGUGUUCACAGGCUGCUGCGCAAAGGGAACUACGCCGAGCGCGUCGGCGCCGGCGCUCCCGUCUACUUGGCUGCCGUGUUGGAGUAUCUGACCGCUGAGAUCCUUGAGUUGGCCGGCAACGCCGCUCGCGACAACAAGAAGACCCGUAUCAUUCCUCGUCAUCUGCAGCUGGCCGUUCGUAACGACGAGGAGCUCAACAAACUGCUCGGAGGAGUGACCAUCGCUCAGGGUGGCGUGCUGCCCAACAUUCAGGCUGUACUGCUGCCCAAGAAGACCGAGAAGGCGGUCAAGACCAAGUAAACUGGGUUUUUCCGCUAAACUGGAAAAAAAAACAAAGGCUCUUUUAAGAGCCACCCACCUUAGCAACAAAAGUGCACUUUCUUUUAUAUUUAUUAUUCAAUGCAAAGAAAAAAAUUGAUUGGUAUCGAUUGGUACAGUUUGUGUACAUUAAAGCGAAAUAAAAGGGUCACCGCAUGAUCCACGAUUGGAUAUGGAAUAAAGUUUAGAAGCUCCUAUUGUAUUCGAGCACAUAAGGCGAACAAACUUACAUGAACGUCUGUGUAUCUACCUGAGUGAAGGUGACACAGCAGGCGAGUAAUGAAAGGCAAAAAUCUGAGUAACACUACAGAGGGCGUGCAAAAAAGAACAUAAAGCGGUUCAGGAGCCCGCCAAAGCGCAGGGGCGGUGUCUUGUGAUUUGAAAA